AUGAACUCUUAUUUCGAGCAGGGUGGUUUCUACGGAGCCCAUGGGGUGCACCAGGGCGGCGGUGGCGGUGACCAGUACCGCGGUUUUCCCCUGGGGUUGACGUAUGCCCAGCCUCACGCCUUGCACCAGCCGAGGCCACAAGAUUCGCCGUACGACGCAUCGGUCGCGGCAGCUUGCAAACUUUACGCGGGAGAGCAGCAGUAUGCUAAGGCAGAUUGUUCUAAAGCUGGUGGUGAGCAACAGAAUGGCUAUGGAGGAAAGGAGGCCUGGGGCUCAGGACUUGGAGCGCUGGUGAGGCCAGCAGCGUGCACACCAGAAGCGCGGUACAGUGAAUCGUCGAGUCCUGGUCGAGCCCUCCCUUGGGGAAACCAGUGCGCGUUACCAGGAGCCGCGGCCUCAGCACAGCCUGUCCAGCACCAGCCCACCAACCACACAUUUUAUCCUUGGAUGGCCAUUGCAGGAGCGAAUGGCUUGAGAAGACGAGGGAGACAAACCUACACUAGAUAUCAAACGCUAGAGUUAGAGAAAGAGUUCCACACGAAUCACUACCUCACGCGGAGGAGACGCAUCGAAAUGGCCCAUGCGCUCUGUCUCACGGAGCGACAAAUUAAAAUUUGGUUCCAAAACCGAAGGAUGAAAUUAAAGAAAGAGAUCCAAGCGAUAAAGGAAUUAAACGAACAAGAGAAACAGGCGCAAGCUCAGAAAGCGGCGGCAGCGGCGGCAGCAGCCGCGGCGGCCGCGCAGGGACACCCCGAGCACUAG